AUGAGCGCUUUGCCCGUGUUUGCCCGGUUUGCCCUCUCUUCGCAGGCUCUGAGCGGCCUCCAGUCGGCGGACAAUGCGGUGCGGUCGGCGAGCGAGGCGGCGAUCAACGGCGCGGCGCUUCCGCAGCUGCUGCCUGUCCUCGCGCAGAGCGUGCGGGAGGCGCCCACGGCUGCCGAGCAGCAGCUCGCGGCGAUUCUUCUGCGGCGCUGUCUGCAGUCGCGCUGGAGCGAGAUCGAGGCGAGCCUGCCGGCCGCGGAGGGCGACGCACUCCUCCAGGAGGCACUCACGCGUCUUCUCCAGGCUGUCCUGCAGAGCCCCGACGGCCUCGUGAAGAAGAGCGCGGCUGACGCCGCCGCGGAAGUCUGGCGCAAGAAGCAGAUGCGAACUCUCGAGGACGCGCCCUGCACGGUCGUCGGUCGCUGGCUGGCGGAGCCCGAGCUGGGGCCACCGCAGACGGCCGCGGCGCUCUUUCGGCUCCUCGACCGUCUCUGCGAGGACAAAGACAUCGGCGCGAGUCUGACGCAGAUGCAUGCAGCGAACCUCAGGAAGAAGAUUGCCUGCGCGCUUCAACAAAAAGGCUCGCAGAGCGACAAAGACGUGGAGGGCUCAAUGGCGGCCGCGCUCGAUGCGCUGGCAACGUGUGUGAGCAGCUUGCCUCCGAACUCGCCUCUGCGGGCGUCUUUCUGUGAACUCGCUCCGCUGCUGCUUUCGGCACUCUUCGAGAACCCCUCAGCGGCGCUCUUCAUCCCGUCCCAGCAGCUUGCGGAGACCCUCCCGCAGUUCUUCGCCGGGCAACACCCGCGGCUGCUGCAGCUCGUCGUGCAAGUCGCAGUUGGCGCCCCGAACGCCGAAAACCGCUGCGACGACAAGCAGGGCGCCGCGGAUGUCAAAACCGUCGCCCUCCAGCUCGCCGUCUCCGCCGUCAUCAGCGCCCCCAAAUGGGCCAAAAAGAAUCUGAACGUCGUGAGGCCGCUGCUGGAGGUUCUGGCGGAGUGCUGCGGCCUCGUGGCGGGCGACGAGGAGGCUUGGGGGGCGAAGGAGCGGGAGGAGGAAGACGACGAUGAAGAGGAUCUCUCUCAGGAGGCCCUCCUCCUCGCGACGCGCGUCGCAGAGCGGCUAAACAGCGACGCAGUCUUGGAGAUGCUUCUGCAGAUUUGCACGGCCUUCUUCGCCUCGGAUGACUGGCAGCGGCACCUUGCGGCUUUGUCGCUUCUCGCGGCGCUGCUCGAGGAGGAGCACAGCAGCGCGGGGGUCAUGAGGCACGCCGACGAGGUGAUUUCGGUCUGUCUUCUGCGCCUGAGCAGCCCUCAUGCGCGCCUGCGCUGGGCGGCUCUCAACUGCCUGUGCUUCCUCUUGCAAGAAGACGAGCGCGAGGGCGACGUUGUGACAGAGCGAGAGAAAAACCUGUUGGAGAAGAUGCUUGAGGCGCUGCAGAGAGAAACGAACAACCGCUGCCGGAGAAAGGGCCUGCAGGCGGUCGCUGAGUUCUUCUCGAACUUUGCGGGAGAAGGCGAAGACGAAGACUGCAAAGCGAUGAACGAUAAGGUUUACGAACAGCUGUCGCCCUACAUCGACGCCGCCCUGCAAAACGCUGUCGUGCCGCUCUGCGACAGCAGCGACGCCCAGACGCAGGAACUCGCCCUCGCCGUCGGCUCAGUUCUCGCGCAAGUGAGCGGGCAGCACUUUCAGCGUUUUUAUUCCUUUUUCAUGGGGGCGGUGCGGCGCCUGCUCUCUGUGGACUUCGCGGCCUUCUUGCAAACACAUGCGCACGGCGCGUCGCUCCUGGAGACCGUCGUGGAGUUCGCCGGCGCACUCGCCGCUGCGGUGGGCAUGGAGGUCUUCGCGCCCGACGCCGCGUGGCUGCUCGAGCGUCUCAUCGAGCUGCAGCGGGUCUGCGCAGACGGGACUGCUGGCGCGUCCCUGCAGGCGACGGCCCUCGAGGCCGUGGGCGAAACCACGCGCGUCAUGGGCGCUGCCGCCCUGCCGUUCCUGCCGGCGAUCUCGCCUAUUAUUCUCGCAAAGGUUCAGCAGCACGCUGAGUGCAACUUUGCUGAGGCGAUCUCCGCGGGCGAGGAGGCUGGCGCGAAGAUCAGCGAAGAGGGCCGCAUCUCGACUGUGAAUAUUACAGACAAGUGUGGCAGACAGACAGUCAUUUCCAUCAACACGGCGGCUGUCGAAGAGAAGUGUGCGGCGCUGCGCCUCCUCGGCUCGCUGGCGGGUCGUUCGGGCGGCCAGCUGCCGCCGAUGUUCGCGUGCGAGUGGGCGAAGGCAAUUCGGCCGGAGUGCAGCGCGCAGUUCGCGAUGGUGCGGCAAGAAGCCUACGAGGCGUUGCCGUCGGUUGUGAAUUGCCUGGUCACAACGAACUUCGCGGAGUUCGUGCGGCUGUCGCGCGAGGCCCUGUUGUUCGUCGUCGAGGAGAUCAAAGAAAACAACUCGCGCCACGUCAGCGGCUUCGUCCUGCCGGCUGCGACGCGUCUCCUGGAGAACCUGAUGAAGGAAAAAGAGCGGCGGGACGCACAGCGCACGCUCGGCGACGCCGCCGCAGAUAGCGGGGCGUACGCGGCAGACGCGAUCUUCAACGCAGAGCAGAGACGCGAGUUCUUGGCCAAGAUCUUCGAGGCAAUGGGACGUGCGAUCAUUCCAAUUCUCACGCAGGAGUACGAGGCUUUGGCGGCGGCAGAAGGCGAAGACGACGAGUGGGAGAACGUCGACGAGGACGAAGAAGAGCAGACCGAAGCAGCUGCAGACGCGUAUGACGCAGUCAUGCAAACGGCGGGCGCUCUCUGCAAGCUGUACGGAGCGGAGUGUCUGCCGUUUUUCGACGCGCACCUGAAGAUGCCGUUUGGGGCGCUGCUGGCCCACGAGAAAGCGAACCCUGGAGGAAAGGUCGCUGCGUUGUGCAUCUUCGCGGACGCCAUCAACUUUGGCGGCGAAGCAGCUGGCAAAGCGUACGGCGAAGUGUACCUGCCUGCGGCGCUCCUCGCGGUCUGCCCGCCCUCGGAUGCGCUGACAAACGAAGACCUCUACUCCGUCAGCGCCGCGGCCUACGGAAUCGGGGCCUGCGCAGUGAACAGCCGCGAGCUGUUCCUCCCGCGUCUCGCGGGCGCGCGAGAAGCGCUCACUCGCGCCCUUCAGUCGCCCGUGCUUCAGACGGAAGAAGGGCGGUCGGCCGCGGACUGCGCGGCGUGUGCGCUGUUGAAGGUCGUCCUCCUCUACACGCGCGAACUCGAGCAGCAGGGGCCCAGCCCCAGUGCCGCGACGACGAUUUUCACGCAGCUGCUGAGCAGAUGGUUCCCGCUGAAGGAUGACGCGCAAGAGAUCGAUGCCUCCACCGACUUGUUCGUGAAGAUGCUGACGGAAAACCAUGUGCUCCUUCAGGCGGCGCCGGCAAGGAACGAGUACAUGCGCGUCGUGCAGGCGCUGCUCGCCGAGAAGACGAAGGAGGCCGAGACCUCUAAAGACGAAGACAAGAAGCUUUUGGCGUCGUGGAAGAAACUCUGCAUCCAAAAGGCGCUCGAGCGGCUGAACUGA